UUUUUCUCUUGGUGCAACAAAGGAAUUUCUGCAUAUGCUUGAGAAAUAACAGGUCUCAUGCAAAAUGAGUGAGACACCUUCUACUACUUUCUCCAUGGUUCAUCUGACUUCUUCUGAAGGUCAAGUUCCUUCCCCUCGCCAUUCAAAUGUCACUCAUCCUGUAGUGGCUAAACGCAUCAGCUUCUACAAGAGCGGAGACCCUCAGUUUGGCGGUGUGAGGGUGGUGGUCAACCCUCGUUCCUUUAAGACCUUUGAUGCUCUACUGGACAAUUUAUCCAGGAAGGUACCCCUGCCGUUUGGGGUGAGGAAUAUCAGCACACCGCGUGGAAGGCACAGCAUCACCAGGCUGGAGGAGCUGGAGGACGGCCAGUCUUACCUGUGCUCCCACAAUAGGAAGGUGCUGCCUGUUGACCUGGACAAGGCCCGCAGGCGCCCUCGGCCCUGGCUCAGUAGCCGCUCUAUAAGCACACACGUGCACCUCCGUUCCGCUGCUUCCACUGUGGCCAACACUGCUCUUGGAAUGCUUGGUGCCCCAAGGAAGCUUGUGGUCUUCCGGAACGGUGACCCAAAGACUAGGCGUGUGGUCCUUCUUAGUCGGAGGGUCACUCAGAGCUUCGAGGCCUUUCUUCAGUACCUGACACAGGUCAUGCAGUGUCCGGUGGCCAAGCUGUAUGCAACAGAUGGAAGAAAAGUUCCUAGUCUCCAGGCAGUGAUACUGAGCUCUGGAGCUGUGGUGGCAGCCGGAAGGGAGCCAUUUAAACCAGGAAAUUAUGACAUCCAAAAGUACUUACUUCCUGCUAGGUUACCUGGGAUCUCUCAUCGCGUGCACCGGAAAGGAAAAGCUAUGUUAGAAAAAAGAAAGAGUGGAAACUGGAAAGUUUCAGUAACCACGAGUGACUUUCCAAAUGCAGGGACCAGCUCACAGGUUUAUAUCGUAUUAUAUGGACAAUAUAGAAGUUCAGCACCUAUAUACCUUUAUGGAAGAGAUGGGACUCGGUUUCAGGAUGGGCACGAAGACAUCUUUACUAUCACAGUUGGGGAUAUAGGAAUGCCAUUUAAGAUUCGUGUUGGCCAUACCAAUUCUGGGUGCUCCCCUUCCUGGCACUGUAAGAGGAUAAAAUUGCAAAACAUGAAUUCUGGAGAAAAGUUUUAUAUCCCUGUUCAACGAUGGUUAGCACAAGAGCAAGAGGAUGGAGAAAUCUGCCGAGAAUUUCCUAUUUUAAGUAAAGGACAACCUGUCCUUCCAGUGACAACAUAUGAAGUAUAUAUUACAACAGGCGACCUCUGGAAUGCUGGAACAGUGGCAAAUGUCUACCUUUCUAUCUAUGGGGAAAAAGGAGACACAGGAUCCAGGAAACUCUUUAGAUCAAAGAGCUCUUUAAAGUUCUUAAGAGGACAAAUUGAUACCUUCUUCCUAGAAGCCGUGAACCUUGGAGCUUUGUGCAGGAUUGUGAUAGGCCACGAUGGACUUGGCCCAGGAAAUGGCUGGUUUCUUGAGGACGUUGUCAUUAGAGAUCCCACUACCAACCAUGAAUAUGCCUUCUUCUGUCACAGAUGGCUGGAUGAAGGAGAAGAUGAUGGUAAAAUUGUCAGAGAAAUGUAUGCUAGGGAUAACAGUAUCUUCUCUGUGAGGAAGAAGCUAGAACAUAAGACAAAAGAAACAUGGGCUGCUGAGAGCUGGAAGUUUAUGAAAGGAAAUACUCUCCAGUUUUACAACAAGCUUACUGGAGGGUUUGUCCGUCUUCAUCCAGAUGGCAUGGUUGAUGCUGUUGGUGAGAAGACAGACAAAUAUGGUCUCUUUGAUGUGAUUUUCAACAAAGGGAAUAUAUGCAUUUUCCAAAGCCAUGAGAUGAGGCAUCUUUCUCUUACCCUUGACAAUGGCUUUGCCGCUGGAAUGGUUGGUGGAGGAGAUCUCUCCAAGCUGCGCGUGCUUUAUCAGCCAAACCGCAGCGUACUUCUUGAGUCUGUGUUGCUUCCUGGGCACACCCUAAUUGUUGAUCGUCAUGGAAAAAUAGCUGACGAAUCAUCUGAAGGCUAUGCAGAGCGUUCCAAAGAAUUCUUGGUUUUUGUUAAGGGUGUGUUCCUUAGUAGUGCUGUGGUUAUCCUUGCUACAAGCUUGUGUCAGGCCCUGUGUCUACAGCCCAAUGGAACCUGCACUGGAGCAGGGAACCAGUCAGAGCAAUCCCACUGGAGAGUACAUAGAGUCAGCUCUGGGGUUUGCAUGUUUGAAAGUGUGAAAACCGCGCGGAUGUAUCUGAGGAUUAAGGAUGGACACUGUAAUGGAACGGGUACUGGAGAUGCUGAUUGUCAUUUUAAAAUCAAGAAGAACCUGGAAAACGCAUCUAUAAGUCUGGAAUCUCUGAAGAGCCCAGGAUUGUUUGUUGGCCUUCAACCAGAUGGACAAGCAAAACCAGUCAUUUAUACUAACAAUGAGAGUGUUUGCUUCUAUCCACGAGUCAUCCAAUUUGGCAGAGAAAACCCAACGGGAAUGUCUGCAACAGUCAGCCAAGGGGAAAACAAGAUCCAUGUGUCAAAACACCAGAAAGAAACACCACCAGAAUCCACAGCCAGAUGGUCCUCACCGCUGUCAUCAGAAAAAGAAAGAAGGCACUCCUGCAGUACUGAGACACUUCAGGCAGACGAUAAAUGGAAGGUCUUAGUGCUGACUGGUGGUGCAGGAACUCAGGCCAAUGUCACACUCUGGGUGUAUGGAGAUGAAGGAGUCACUGGACCUAUCAGUCUCACCAAGGACAGCCCAGAGCAACUCUUCCUUCCUGGACAAGAGGAUGAGUUUCAGGUUGUACUAAGAAGCGUGGGCGAGAUAUAUAAGAUCAGGAUAGGACACGAUGGGACUGGCGGCCAACCGGAGUGGAGCUUACAGAGGGUGACAAUGGAACAUAUGAAGAGCAAGAAAACCCUAAAUUUUGUUGCAAAUGUGUGGCUCUCUCAGAACCGGGCGGAUGGAGACCUUGUCUGUGAGCUUCCUGUAAUGAAAGAUGGAGAGCCUGUUUUGCCAUUAGUGAGAUACCAUGUUGAUGUGUAUACCGGGCAGUUGAAACAAGCAGAAACAGAGUCUGAAGUCUCCCUCUGUCUCUAUGGGGAAAGGGGAGACUCCGGCCUUCGACUGUUGCACAGAUCCAACAUGCCAGUACGUUUUCAAAGAGGACAGGUCGAUACAUUUCAAAUAGAAGCAGUGUCUCUUGGAAACCUGCAGAAGGUGCUGUUGCACUGUGAGGCCAGUGACAAAUCCCAGUACUGGUACUGCGAGAAGGUCAUUGUCAAAGAGCCAGGCACUACGUCAGAAUUUAUCUUCACCUGUGAAAGAUGGAUUCCCUUCAUGUCCCAAGGUUUGAUGCAUUCAGAAAUUGAACUCUUUUGUCAAGAAAUGCAAAUAAAUCAUCCACCCAAAAUACGAGAGGAAGCAAAUGAUGGGGACUGGAAGGUGACCGUUGUUACUGGAGAACUUGAAGAUGCUGGCACCACAGCAACAGUGUCCCUUUGUGUCUAUGGGGAAGCAAGAUGCUCAGGACCUAUUAUUUUGGGAUCAGGAAAGCACCAUCUGUUUAACCCCAACAGUGCAGAUAUAUUCAAGAUUAAUCUUAAAGAUAUUGGUGAAAUCUACAAAAUCCGCAUUGGUCAUGACAACAGUGGGGAGGAUCCCAGAUGGUAUGUGGAAGAAAUUACACUUGAAAAUAUAGCCACAUGUGAACUGCUUUGUUUAGCUGUGAAUUCCUGGAUAUCUGACAGUGAAAAUGAUGGGGACACAUGGAAAGAGAUGCCCAUUGUAAGGGCACACAGAGGGCCACUUCCAGUGAUAGCUUAUGAAAUUCACAUUCAGACUGGCACAAAGCCAGGGGCAGAAACAGAGUCUAACGUGUUUCUCAACCUCAUUGGCACCAACGGUGAUUCUGGAAAACGAUGGCUUCAUCAAUCAAGGAGCAGCAAGGCCAAGUUUCAGCGUGGACAGGUGGACAUUUUUUCCAUUAAGGCUGUGUCUCUUGGAAAACUGAAGAAAGUUCUGAUAAGUCAUGAUGGAACAGGUCCAGGUAAUGGAUGGUUUCUUGAGAAUAUUAUUGUUAAGUAUGAAGAAGAAGAGAGCUGCCAGGAGGUGCUGUUUCCAUGUCACAGAUGGCUAGAUGAAUACCAGGACGAUGGCGAGACUGAGCGGGAACUUCUCCCCCGGAAGUAGUCAAGGACAAAAGAGCCAUCCUUUGAAGAAGGUACCUGGAGAGGUACCAGAUAAACGUUUGAUCAAUGUGAAAUCCUUGUUGCAACACGUUCAUUUCCAAG